AUGGCAGACGUCAAGCCGCCGGGCAAGACCUUCGUGGUCGAGCACUUGGACGAUGAGCUCGAGGCAUGGUCCUCGCUCGAGUAUGCGGCCAUUGCCUCUGAAUGCCACGCUACUGGAGCACAAUUUUUGCUGUCUUCAGUCCCCACCUCGCUGAAGCUUCCGCCCAACCUGCAGCAAGCGAAAGGCCUGAAUGUUGAAACAAGAAGCAUUGAAGAAAUCUACGCCGACAAAAAGGACAAAGUAUGUCUACUCGACCCCGCAGCAGCCAAAGACCUUGGCCCAGAAGAUGGUGACACCUUCGACAUCUUCUUGUUCGGUGGCAUUCUUGGCGAUGAUCCACCCCGAGAUCGGACCUCCGAGCUGCGCAAGAAGGGCUACCAAGGCCGCCGCCUAGGACCUGUUCAAAUGUCGACCGACACUGCCGUGCGUGUCACGAGAAUGGUGGUCCAGGAUAGAAUCGCUGUUGACAAAAUCCCAUAUCUCGACCAUCCUGAGCUCAAGAUCAACAAGAAUGAAAGCACACAGAUGCCAUUCCGAUAUGUGAAGGGCGAGAACGGAGAACCCAUUAUGCCGGAGGGUAUGGUUGAAUUGAUUAUCGAAGACUCGGCUAAGGGACUUAACGACCUUUUGUGA